CUCGUGACUGUUCCGCACACGUUUGACGCAAGACUUUGACAACGCCUCAUUUGAUUGAAGACGUUGACAACGCCCCGAAGGUCAUACCUGCGCGACCAAGUGAUCAGCGACGCACCAUACAAGAUUUGAGAGUCACAGGUGUCUCCACCACCUACACUAUCGGCGCAUUCCUCGAUAUCCUCGUCGCCUGGUCACACAUUCACGAUUACAGCAUACAGCCCUUCCACGGAUCGGAAAUUCAUCAGCGUCGAGCCGAGCAGCGGCCAAUCUCGUGGUACUCUCGCUUCUUGCUCCCGAAGCCUGCGCAGACGACGCGUGCUGCUCCACCUCAUCGCUCAUUCUCCCCAGAAAAUAUCGGACGAUGAGCAGCAGCGUCACUUUCUUGCUCAUCCCAUGCGGGCUCAUGGCAGUGGGCACCUUCUUGGAGCGGGACUGCUGCUUGGAGCUGCUACAACCGUCGUAUUGCCAGAGGGCGUUUCGGCUCUUUUCAGAGCGCAGUAUGCUGUUCAGAAUGGAGCACUAGCCUUCGAUCGUCGCGAUACCCGAAUGGAAGUGAGCGUAUCGACGCAAGGCCUUGAAAGGCAACAUGGCUUCGCUCUGGGCGGUUUGUUGGGCGGCGGAGGAGGCGGCGGCGGCAGUCUCUUCAAGGCUGCUGCGGACUCGCCAAAAUCCAUCGAUGCAGAGGCAUCGGUUGGGGCAGCUAUCCUCGCGGGCUUCAUGAUCAUGUUCAUCAUCGAUCAGAUCGCUUCGCCAGGAGCUCAUGUAGCCCCCUCGCAUGGCACAGAAAAUCAGCGCGCUAGAUUGCCCAGGCCAGAAUCGUGGCGACUGACCCGCUCGGGCUCAUUGUGCUACUCCCACGCUGGUCAAGAUGCAGCGUCAGUCGCUGUGGAAGCCGCCAAAGGCAUUGCCUCGCCGGGAUUGGAAAGGCGAAGCAGUGCGCACGAUCCAGAGGCAGUCGGUUGUGAAGACGAGACGUCAUCACCCGAGACUCUUCCAGCAGAUUACCACCGAUCUGCUGCUACUGCUACCCAUUCAGAAUCUUCAGGCAGCGCAAAUAGGGGCCAAAAUGUCACGCAAGCUAGAGGCCUUAGAGCAGCGUUCGCCAGUGUUGCGGGACUGGUCAUUCACGCCGCUGCUGAUGGCAUCGCUAUGGGGGCGAGCGCAGGAAGUGAAGACGAAACUCUGCGUGUCAUCGUAUGGCUAGCAAUCAUGAUUCACAAAGCUCCGGCCGCGUUUGGUUUGUGUACUCUACUGAUCGGUCAAAAGCUGCACAGAAGGGCUAUCAGGCAAGCCAUCUUGAUCUUCGCACUCAGCACGCCUCUAGGGGCCAUUAUCACGUACGGUGUGUUAUCUGUAUUCCUGCGGAAUGAGCCAGCGCAGGGAGGUGGCAUUGCCGCCGAGCACAUUGGAACGGCAUUGACUUUCAGCGCAGGCACCUUCCUCUUUGUGGCCAUGCACGCUGUGAACCACGCCACGGCGCCAUCUGCGGACCAAGAAGAAGUCAGCAGCCAAAGUCGCUCCAACGGUCAAGCUGGUGGUGUGGGCUCGGCACCUAGCAAUAGCAAUCCCCGCAGACGAGCGCCACUCUCUGCCGAGUCGUCGGUGGUGAGAAGACGACCGCUGCUUGGACGCACGGGACGCAUAGCUAUAUUGCUGCUCGGUAGCAUGCUUCCCAAAGCUUUACAAGGAUUGGUGGGCCACCAUGGACAUUGAGCUUAUCUGUUGCCGCACAUCGAAUCAUCUUCCUUCGAUCACUUCAUGUCUCAUCAUCGCCUCGUGACAACACUCCAGCAUUCGUCUGCACGUCGCCUCGCAAAUUCUGUAUAUUAGUCACCAUUCCCUGGAUUGUCAUGAUCACAAUCAUAGCGAAAAGUUGUUGUAGGCGCUCGAGGUGCGGCUUCGAUUUGAGAUUGAGUCGGUUGGUGAGAGCGGACCUUGCUCUGAGCGGUCAUUACCAAAGGCAGUCGAUGAACGCUCACUCGCCGAUGACGUUUGUGGCCCACUAUCGAGUGCUUGAAGCCCUGUGCGCGGUCCGGUGAUCGAUUCAGAUUGUGUGAUGGGAGAUUACCCGAGAG